AUGCUUCAAUCAAAAGCUUUAUCAAUAAGAAAUGCACUAGUACAAAAAACCCGUGAAAAUAACGAGACAUUAGCCAAUUUACAAUUUCUAAUGGACCAAAGGUUGGUUCAGCUAGACUUUAUCCAGAAACUUUUACAAGGCACCGACAACCAUGCGGAAGUCAUUGAAGAACGUAUACAUGAUUUAGAAGAGCAGUGUCAACAUUCUUAUCUGCAAGCACAAAAGAGCCAAACUACCCUUGAGGAAAAGACACGAGACUUACACCAAGCACAAGAGGAGCGAGAUAAGGUUCAGGCGUCCUUGGAUUCACUAAGCUCGAAAUAUGACUCUGAUAGGGAGGAUUGGAAGAGGAAGUAUGAAUUAUCUCAGCACCAAUUAGUAGAUGCACAGACUGAGUAUAUAGAGCAAAAAGGUCAGUUAGAACAACAGGUGCUACGAAAGGAUCAACACAUUGAUCAACUCAGUAGUAAAAAUGAACAGUUGGAAACUGAAUUAAAGCAGCAAGCAGAACGGUUGGAGGUAGAAUCGAAUGAUCAAGUAGCCCAAUUAAAAAUGGAAUUAGAACACAAAUUAUCCAUUUCAAACGAUGAAUUGGACCACCAAAAGGAAACAAACCGAGAACUUCAAGAAAGGUUGACAGCCUUCCAAUCCCAAGUUGCUGAAAAGGAUCAAAUGCUGGAGAAUUUAAAGGCACAGGUGGAUCCCCAGGAACAUGAUCAUGUAUUACAGCAAUUAGAGGAUUUAAAAGAGGAAAACGAGCAAUAUAGAAAACGAUUGGCUGACAUAAAUCAUUCGAGGGAAGAAUUUGAAUUAGAUAAAAGCAAACACGGUAGUCGGAUACCAGUCUUAUCGAACAGAGCAAUACAACAGCAGCAUGAUUUGACUAAGGAGUUUGAUUUAAUGAAGGAUGAUUUAUUACUUUAUCAGGAUAAACUUGUUGAGAAAAUCUCUCAAAAUGAACAGCUGGAAAGUGCGUUGGAAAGGGUCAAUGAACAUGUUUCCAUAUUACGAAAGAGUUUAAAUGACACGCGAGAGGAAUCGGCCCUAAGAUAUAAAAAUAUGAUGAAAUACAUGGAGGAAAACAGAGUCCUACGAGAACAAUUGGAAGGAUAA